CACGCAGCCACACCGUCCUGCGCGGCCGCGGCCCGCGGCAAAAUGUGAGUGCUGCAGUCUUCCCAGAGAGUGUGUCAUGGGGCCUUCCCUCGGAAAGCGCAAUUGUGGUUUUCUGACGACACGCAGGUCAGGACACGGUCACCAGAGGCCAUCUAUAGAUACAUCUGUGGGCAUUCCGUAAUGUAAGGUGACCGUUGCCCUCCGUUGCCUCAUGCGAUAGUCUGCUUCCGAGUCUGACCCGUGAAAAUCUUGGUCACCGACCGCUUUCCCAUAUAAGCCAGCAGAACUGGUAGGCUUUAGCAGUGGAGAGCCAUGGCAUCGCUGGGUCUUCGUUUCUUCGGGAUCGCUGCUCUUCUGGGCGGUCUGUACGUUCCGGUAUGUCAUGCCGUCACGACAGUUACCGUCAGUGCAACUGCAAGCCAUACAAUCCCCACGACACUCUAUGGCCAAAUGUUUGAAGACAUAAACCAUAGCGGUGAUGGCGGGUUGUAUGCAGAAUUGUUGCAGAACAGAGCCUUCCAGCAGGUUACCCCAGGCGAUUCAAGCUCUCUGGAUCCUUGGGUGGCUGUCAAUGGAGCAGAACUCGAAGUCAUCGCGGAUACAGACCCAGUGUCCAGUGCACUUCCGAACUCCCUGCAGGUCACAAUACCCUCUGAUGCGACCGGCUCAGUGGGAUUCAGUAACCCAGGCUAUUGGGGCAUCAAGGUGGACCCGUCCUGGACCUAUAAUGCGUCGCUGUACUAUCGCUUCCCGUCAGAGUCCCCGUACUCCGGUACCCUCACUGUUGGCCUCGAGUCAGACACCGGAGAGGUUUUUGCCUCAAAUUCCACGACCAUCGACGGCUCGCAGACGUCGUGGGCGAACGUCUUCCUGACGCUGACGCCCUCGAGUUCUGCGUCGAACACAAACAACAGCUUCUUCGUCACCAUCAACGGUUCGGAGGCGGCUGGCGAAAUCGUGAAUUUCGCCAUGUUCUCGUUGUUCCCACCUACGUACAAGGACAGGCCGAACGGGAUGCGUAUUGACAUUGCUGAGACCUUGGCUGCAAUGAAGCCCACCUUCUUCCGUUUCCCGGGCGGCAACAAUAUCGAGGGCCAAUCUUUCGAUACACGUUGGCAAUGGAAUGCGACUGUCGGCUCCCUCUUGGAUAGACCGGGUCGCAUGGGCGAUUGGGGAUAUGCGAACACUGACGGUCUUGGUCUUCUCGAGUACUUGACGUUUUUCGAAGACGUUGGUAUGGAACCCAUCAUGGCAGUCUGGGCAGGGUACUCCUUGAAUGGAGAGAGCGAACCUGAAGACGCUCUCGCACCUUUCAUUCAACAGGCCAUUGACCAGAUUGAGUUCGUCGUAGGUGACCCCAGCACGAGCGACGCAGCGGCUCUGCGAGCUUCGUUGGGCCACCCGGAGCCGUUCUAUCUCAACAAUGUUGAGAUCGGAAACGAGGACUUCUUUGCGUCCGAUUCGUAUGUGUACAGAUGGCCAGACUUUUACGGGAACCUCAGCGCAGCGUUCCCUGACCUGACUUUCAUCGCAACGACAUAUCCCUUCGACCCCGUCAUCUAUCCCACGCCUCCGCAUUACGAUGUGCAUGUCUACCAGACGCCAGACUGGUUUAUCGAGAACGCUUUCUACUACGAUAGCUUUGAGCGGAACGGUACAACAUACUUCGAGGGAGAGUACGCGUCUAUCUCAACCAAUGCUAGCAAUCUCUACGGAACUCCAGAAGAAGGAAGAUUCUUGUAUCCGACUAUGCAGAGUUCGACAGCAGAAGCCGCCUUCAUGACUGGCCUAGAGCGCAAUAGUGACAUUGUCUUCGCGGCUUCGUACGCGCCUCUUUUGCAACUCGCGAAUGAUUCCCAAUGGACACCCAAUCUCGUCAACUAUGACGCUGGAACAGUCUACCCGUCCACAAGCUAUUACGUGCAGCAGCUAUUCGCCGUGAACCUUGGUGACGAGUACAUACCUAGCACGCUGCCUACGGAGGAUGGUACACUAUUUUGGACCAUCUCGCGGAACUCUACUUCUGGAGACACCUUUAUAAAGAUCGUCAAUCCGGUGACAGAUGAGCAAGAUUUGCUGUUCGACUUGGCCUUCACCACUGUCGCGAGCUCGGGCACCCUGCAGCUCUUCCAUGGUACUCAAAAUGACAGCAACACGCCGACGACCCCAGAUCUGAUAACACCACAAACGAGCACGAUCACGACAGGACAAGCGUUCAACUACACGGCGCCAGGCUACAGCGUCAGCGUCAUAACAGUGAACGCGAGUUGAUGACAUGAUCGGGAGACUUGAGCUGGUGGUACGAG